AAUAAAGGAAGCUGUGAGAGAGCAGCAGCCAAAGUCAAGUCUCUUCAUGCUCUGAUUCACAUAGAGGAAGACAGGACACAUGAUGGCCUGUGGCACCUCCAGGAGGAAUAAGAAAGUCCUCCUGUAUCUCAUCUUUUGUGUUGCAUAUAUUUGUCUUCUGUACAGCUGGACUGGACAUUUAAAAACUAGGACAAAAAAUGGUACCUCUGCCUGUUCAAGUAGCAAUCAUACACCAGCCACCAUUCUUCUUUGGCACUGGCCCUUCGGCAAAGCAUACCCUCUCAAUGGGAACGUGUGUUGGAACCUGUACAAGAUCCCUGGCUGUAAAGUUGUGGAUCAACACUCUGAGUUUUUAAAUGCUGACAUUGUUGUUUUCCACCAAAAAGAGCUGGCCUUAAAGAAACAAAAACUGCCAUUGAACCUUGCGCGCCCGCUAGGACAGAGGUGGUUAUGGAUGUCUUUAGAAGCUCCACAAAACCAUGGUAAUCUGAGUCAAUUUGCAAACCUCUUUAACUUGACCAUGAGCUAUAGAAGAGAUGCAGAUAUCACACUACCCUAUGGUGAGUUGCAACCACAAGAUGGAGAAAUAGAAGACUUUUCAAUGAACAAAACCAAUCUGUUGUGUUGGGUAGUUAGCAACUUUAAGAGUCGCCACAAGAGAAGUGAGGUUUACAGAGAGCUCAGUGCCUUUGUCAAGAUCACAGUAUACGGUCGCUGGAAGAAUGCCCGCCUACCUUCUGCCAGUCUGUUGCCUACUAUCUCCCGCUGCUACUUUUAUUUGGCGUUUGAAAACUCAAUUUCUAAGGAUUAUAUUACAGAGAAGCUGUGGAGGAACUCGUACCUAGGUGGUGCAAUUCCUGUAGUGUUAGGGCCACCAGUUGAGGAUUACAAAGCCGUAGCCCCACCCCAUUCUUUCAUUCAUGUUGAUGAUUUUGCCUCAGUGAAGGAACUAGGGACUUACCUGCAGGAGCUGGCAGCAGAUAGGGAGAGGUACCAAGAGUUCUUCAGGUGGAGGCAAAAGUGGAAGGUGAAGCUGAACACAGACUGGAGAGAAAGACUUUGUAAAAUCUGCACUAAGUAUCACUGCUUACCUCAGCAGAAAGUGUACUCAGACUUAGAUGCAUGGAAUAAUGGAUGAAACAUCUGCACAUUUUUGUUUUUGUAUCUGAAACCAUUCUUACCUUGACUACAAUUUAAUUGUUUUCUGUGUUAUAUUUUGAAAAAGACU